AUGAGCCAGACCUCUGCUCAGGCAGCGCCCAAAACCUAUGUGGUAGAACACCUCGACCCAGAAUUAGGCCCGUGGUCCGCCUUGGAGUACGAAUGCAUUGCGAAAGAGUCCGCCGAGUCCGGGGCCAGGUUCAUGCUCACUUCAGUGCCAGCGACGCUACGCCUGCCGCCCAACCUGGCAGCGCUGGACAGCCUGCAUGUAGAGCACCGCGGUGUCGAAGAAAUAUUUGCUAGUCAAAAGGCUAGAGUCUGCCUGCUAGACCCAGCGGCAUCUUUCGAAUUAUCUCCAGCAGACGGAGAACGGUUUGAUAUCUUUCUAUUUGGGGGCAUACUUGGCGAUGACCCUCCCCGAGGUAUGAUCCACCGCACAUCAGAGUUGCGCAUGAAAGGCUAUGUCGGGAGGAGAUUAGGCCCUAAACAGAUGACAACUGAUACAGCAGUGAGGGUAACACGCAUUGUGGUCGAAGAGAAAACUCCUCUGGAUCAAAUUGAAUGGGUGGAUUACCCAGAGCUGCGAAUCAACAAGCAUGAGGCGACGGAAAUGCCCUUUAGAUAUGUGAAAGGGAAAGAUGGGGAGCCUAUCAUGCCUACGGGCAUGGUCGAGCUCAUAAAGAAGGAUGCAGAUAAAGGAUUGGAGGAUCUUCUGUGA